UAGUAGAAUCCGUAAUUUAGCGUGUCGCAUCAAGAGUCCGUCCAUACGAGUCCUGAAGCGGCGGAAGAGGCAUGAUUUUCCAAGCGCUGGCUGCUCUUUUACCGCUUUUAGACAGACACACGCACGACUAGCGAACACACGAUCAGCUUUAAACGUUUUUUUUCCUCCUUUUCAAACGCAUUUUGUUCAUUUCCUGCUAUAUAAACUUCUCCGUUAGCUUUAGCCAGGUAGCUUGCAUCUGGAAAUCGGACAAGUAUGAUCAGCCUGGCGGCGGAAUAAUCGACCUUUUGUAACAGAAGAUUCAUUUUUCUCAAGUGAAACCGCGAUGUCACAUAGUGUCGUAACGAUUGCGUGUUGUGUGUGUCGUUCCAAAGGCGCUGUCUGAAGUUGAUGUAACGUUACGUUAGGUUUGUAAAGCUGAACAAAACCCAGGAAAACUGGAGAUCACAGCCAGGAAAUCUCUUCAGGAGAGCAGACUAGAGCCCUUUCUGCCUUCAAACUCAUCAGUUUAGACCAAAUCAAGACCGAACAAAGAGAACAUCCAUCCAAAGCCUUUUUAUUCCAUCUACAGAAAGAGACUAAAGCACAAAAUAAAAAAAAAAACAGGCUGAUAUGAUGUUUCCACAAUCCAGGCACUCGGCUUCGUCUCAAUCGACACAGCUCAAAUUCACCACGUCAGACUCUUGUGAUCGCAUCAAAGACGAAUUUCAGUUCCUGCAGGCCCAAUAUCACAGUCUGAAGUUGGAAUGUGAUAAACUGGCGAGUGAGAAAUCUGAAAUGCAGCGUCAUUAUAUAAUGUAUUAUGAGAUGUCAUAUGGACUCAACAUUGAAAUGCACAAACAGGCGGAGAUUGUGAAGAGAUUGAAUGGAAUUUGUGCUCAGGUGUUGCCUUACCUGUCUCAAGAGCACCAGCAGCAGGUCCUUGGAGCGAUUGAGCGAGCCAAACAGGUCACCCCUCCUGAGAUGAACUCAAUUAUUCGGCAGCAGCUUCAGGUUCACCAGCUCUCUCAGCUUCAGGGUUUGGCGUUACCCAUGACCCCUCUGCCCCUGGGCCUGACUCAGCCCACCCUGCCCACCUCCAACUCUGGCCUCCUGUCACUGUCCAGCAUCCUCGCAUCACACGCGCACCUGGCCAAGGAGGACAAGAACUUCCGCGAUGGGGCCGACGGUCACCGCGAGGAGGACGCGGACAAAUCCGACUAGCCUUCAUAGAGACAGUUAGAUUCUGUCAUGACGGAGUGCAGAAAGAGAGGAGGAGAGAUUGCCGAAACUACUACUCCUGUCUCACAGGAUUGGGUCUGAUUCAGUCUCUCUCUCUCUCUGUUCAUACUGCAAAUCUUUAUUCGGUAAUUUUGUUUGAUUAAUUUUCUUUUGAUUAGUGAUGUUUGCUAAGGCUCUAUUACUAUUGCUCAUACUUGGGGUUAGUGAUUUGGACAAACCCCUAACCCUAAGUAUUAAACUUCAGCAUGUAACAUACCUCAAAUUGUGUGUCUUGUUGAGGAGAGCUGUAUUAUUACUGUAAGUUUGACUUUUGAUUUUUCUUGGCAGUCAGUAAAAUGGAUGAAAAAAUCCCAUAGAUAUUGACAGAUGAUGCAUCAUCCACUUAUGAGUCACCCAGUGCUCUAGCAACAACCUAGUAACUGCGAAGUUGCCCUGGCAACCACCCCAAAAACAUGCGCGAACAACCACUCAGAACAACUUAGCAACUGGAUAGCAACAGCCUAGCAACCAAUCAAAAUGGCCUAGAGUUUGCAUAGUAAUGCACAAACAACCAUUCAAAACACUUCAGCAGCAACACCAUGGCGACCACCCAGUAACACCCUAGCAACCGCAUAACUGCCCUGGCAACCAUUCUAAACACACAUGCACAAACAACCACUUAAAACAACUUGUCACCAUAGCAACCACCUAGUGAGAUUAAUGUUUAGAGCAUUUUUAAUAUAAAUAAGCACCAGUUAAGCUGCGAUACCAAACAGGACCACAGGGAGACGCCAAAAGACCACUAAACCUGCUGCCUUAACCUGACUACAUGCUACUAUACGGAUCCAUUGAGAAUAACUAAACCACUGACCAACGCAUAAUCUAAAACCCCUCCAGCUGGCAUUCAUUAUAAAACAGCCAGUAUGCUAAAGACUCAAAUAUUGAAGUGCCAGUACUGCAGUGUCUGGCCCACUGGCAACCACCCAGAACACUCUAGUAGUGGCAUAGCAACAUACUAAAAACAUUCAGAGCACCCUAGCAACUGCAUAACUGCCCCAAACGCAUAUGCGGCAAAGCGACAUGCUCAAAACAUUCUGAACAUCAGCCACCUAAAACACGCAUACAACUUUGCAACUAUCCAGAAUGGCCUAGCAACCACCUCGUAACACCCUAGCAACUGCAUAUCCGCCCUGGCAACCACCUCAAACACAGCAGUGCGCAAAACAACCAUUUAGAACAACUUAGAAAUCGCAACGGCAGCAACCAAUCCAAACCCCCUAGCGUUUGCAUAGCAAUGCACCAUUCAGAACACUUUAGCAACCACCCAGAACAUUCUAGUAGUGGCAUAGUAACAUGCUAAAACAAUAGAACACCCUAGCAACCAUAGCAAUGCCUUGGCAACCACCUGAAACAGCGGAGCACUUGAUUGUGAUGUUGUCUGUGUGUGUUUGAGUUGGCCAGUCAGUCUUCUGUUUAUGUCAGAUAAGCCUGCAGUCGAUUCCUCUCUUAGCUACUAGUCAACAUAUUUCAUCAUAUUCUAUUCUGGGCAUAUCUAGUUAAGGGUUUUAACACUGUAGUGACCCUUUCACAGAAUUAUUUCUAGUGCUUUACAUAAAAAGGUGACACUCUAUCUAUAUUGCCCAAGCAUCGGUGUAGGAAAGAGACAGGCCCCAGAACAGUUCUGACAAACACAAAGAGAUGUUCCCAAUUCAGACCCACAUCCUUGCAGUGAAUAUGGUUUCAUGUGAGACCAGCAGGUGGCAGCCAAUGAGUGUGUGCUGAAUGAUUUGUGCAUGUAUGAGGUUAUUUGAAAUGGCAUACUAUCAUACUACUACUACAGCAGUGGUUCUCAGUAGAUUUCAGUCUUGAACCUUUGAUGGGUUUUAGCAUUUUGGUUGAUAGUAAAUAUUAAUGACUAAAAUGAUGUUAUUAGUGACUAAAAACAUUUCAAGCUAAUUAUAAAUAUUAACAUAAUUAAAUUUCAAACUAAAAUGCAAAAAAAUCAAGAUUUAAGACUGAAAUGUAUUUCUUAUAUGAUAUAAUAAUAAAAUACAGUAAUGAAAUGCUUAUUUUUUCAUCUCAAUAACUAUUGUGUUUAAUUGAAGUUAUUGAAAUUUCUAAAAUCACACUUUACAAUAAUGUCUCAUUUGUUAACAUUAGUUAAUGCAUUAAAUACCACGAAUUAAAUAUGAAUAAUGGAUUUUUAACACACUUAUUAACCUCUGAAAAUGUUCAUGUCCGUGUUAGUUAACAGAUAGAACUUUUGAUUUUAAUAAUGUAUCCGUAAAUGCUGAACUUAACAUUAAGAUUAAUAAAUGCUGUUGAAGUAUUGUUCAUCUUAACUAAUGUUAACAAAUUAAACCUUAUUGUAAAGCAUUACCAGUAUAUCAGUGCUCACAAUUUUCCUUAUUAAAAAUUAGCAGUCAAAAUUUUCUAAGGCAGUUUAAUAAAUCUAUCUGUGAUUUGCAGAAUAACCUUUUUUUAUUAUUUUACAUGGACACUACUUGCUGAAUUAAACCUGCAAAAUGAUGAGGUCAUCCCAGUGCAGCACACAGUACUUAGUAUGCUAGUAUUCCAGGCUGUUUUAAAGACAAGACUACCUAAGGUUGUACAUAUGCACUGGUGCAUUGUGGGUAUUUUAUGAUUGUGCAUCCCUGGACAUUUAUUUCUUGUAUGUGUCUAGGGAGUAUUAGAGUUUGUCCCAUGAUUCCUUUGUAUUUUAGUUUUUCAGUACAGCAGUGCUGAUUGAUGCUCACCGUUGAGCCCUUGGUUUCUUAUUUCUGACUUUUCUGACUUAUAUUCUUUAGAUAUAUUUUCCAGUUGAUUUUGCUUGAUUUCAAAAACUGUCGGCCCAUUUAUAUACAUCAUGUAUAAAUAUAUCAAUAUACAUUUAAUUUUGUAAACAAUUUUGUAUGUAUAAAGCUAUGUUUAUGGUGUAUGUGGCCCAGAGGACAUUUAGCGCAAGUUAUACAGAAAUCUAUAAUCAUUUAAUUGUCAAAUCAAAUGUUUCCGCUCUGCUUUGUUUAGAUGCGCGUAGCACUGGCUGGUCUCGACUAGUUCUAGUUGCUAAAGGGUAAAUGAUUUGUUCAGUGGUUCUGACUUGGUCUCAAUCUCAUGAACAUCAGCUGAAAAAGCGUUACGUAAAUCCACUGACACAAGCGAUUCCUGAAGCCUCCCUCUUCUGACAGUUCUCAUCUGAUAUUUGCCACAUUUUGAAGCUUUGUAGUAGUUUUUUUUUUUUUUUUUUUUUUCAAAUGUGUGUGUGUGUUGUAUGUAACAUGAUGUUCUUGAUGGAAAUGUAUGUUUUUUGUGCUAUUAUAACUUCAUUUAAAGAUGAUUGUUGGAAGAAAAAAGGUUAAAACAUUUACUAUGAGAGAUUGAGCAGUAAGGAAGUAUUUAUGGUGCCUUACAAAUAAAAGAUUCAUUGGACCUUUA